AUGGCCAAGAUGUUCCCAAAGCGGACGUGUGUCUUAAUAUUUGCGUUCGUUUUUGUCAAUGCAAGUUGUGUGUCUGCUAUAUUUCUGCCGUCCAGUGCCAGCGGGUUAGAUGCCGUUAAGAAAGCACCCAGAGUGAAUUUACCAUGGCUAUGGAUAGGCAUGUGGUGCAACGGCUGUCCUCAGAAGAGUUGUGAAGAUGACGACGCUAUCAUACACGGAUAUUGCUGCGGCUGCGCUUACCAUAUGGAUCGUCUGCCAGUGAUCUGCCCAGAAUUCCUGCAAUGCCCCUUGAAUCUACACGGUCUGUGUCACGACUAUGAAUACAUGAUGCGCUGCUGUUGCUGA